AUGAGGGAAAGUGUCACAUCCCGGAAUCCUGACCCCAUACGCUCCCACCCCACUACACCUUCCCAACAACCUCAUCAUCCCCUACACCAUAUCUCCCCACUUCCCAACAUCACCUUCCAUCCCAACUGUCUUAGCUCCGGCCUGGACUUCGGCACAUUUGCCCUUGGCCAUCUCCACCCCGGAAGCUCAGUCCUGAGAUGGAGCAUUCAGAACCUCCGGAUUUGCUCGGACCUCCUGACAGAUUUCCGACAUCUUUGGAGUCACCCAACAUUCCUUGGAUACAUAACUCCAGCUUUGGAGCUACCCACAUCCCCCAGUGACCCUGCUCCACAUUCUACUCCACCCUCCUCGACCCGACACCUUGGUUCCCCGUUAAAGAUACCUUUCGGUACCUUUCAGUACCUGUCGGUAUCACUUGGACUUUGUCAUAUCCAUACAAUCCUGACCUCCAUUCCGGGCUCCCGGAACUCUGAACUCCGACUUCUGGAGCCCUACUUCCCUUCCGUCACUUUCUCCUUGCCGACUCCCAAGAGGUUAUCCCACCUCCGGCUCGGACACCACCUUCAGUCCGACUCCGGAACAUUCCGGGUCCGACCCCAACCUCGACACCUUCCAGAUGAGUAUGCAAAACCUAUGCUCCCAACUCUGGACCUCUGCUCCGGAAUCCCGUUCGCAUCUCCGUCUCCGGAACCUCCGGUCUUAGCUCCGACCUCGGACUUUGACCCCACCUCCGCUUAUACCCAUUGUAUUGGUUAG